GGCGCGCAGGGGCUGCCGGGGGCCGGGCCGUGCGCGGGGGCCGGCGCCGAUGGCGGCAGGCGCAGGGGGCGGCUGAGGGAGCCGCCGGUGCCCGUCGCGUCCAUCCGCCGCCGACGCCUCGCCCGCCCUGUCCCUCCGCCCGCCGCUAUGGAGGCGCUGAUCCCCGUCAUCAACAAGCUGCAGGACGUGUUCAACACGGUGGGGGCCGACAUCAUCCAGCUGCCGCAGAUCGUGGUGGUGGGCACGCAGAGCAGUGGAAAGAGUUCUGUGUUGGAAAGUCUUGUGGGGAGAGAUCUGCUCCCACGAGGUACUGGAGUUGUCACCCGGAGACCCCUUAUUCUUCAGCUGGUGCACGUUUCCCCGGAGGAUGGUCGGAAAGGAGCUGGAGAUGAAAAUGACCCUGCUACAUGGAAAAAUCCAAGACACCUUGCUAAAGAGGUAGAUGCUGCAGAAUGGGGUAAAUUUCUUCAUACCAAAAAUAAGAUCUAUACAGAUUUUGAUGAAAUUCGUCAGGAAAUAGAGAAUGAAACUGAAAGGAUUUCAGGAAACAAUAAGGGGAUCAGCCCUGAACCAAUUCAUCUUAAGAUUUUUUCAGCUAACGUUGUGAAUCUGACUCUUGUGGACUUGCCUGGAAUGACAAAGGUGCCUGUUGGUGAUCAGCCUAAAGACAUUGAACUUCAAAUCAGAGAGCUCAUCCUUCAGUUCAUCAGUAACCCCAAUUCUAUUAUCCUGGCAGUCACGGCUGCUAACACAGACAUGGCCACUUCUGAAGCACUGAAAAUAGCCCGGGAGGUGGAUCCAGAUGGUCGAAGAACCCUUGCUGUUAUCACAAAGCUGGAUCUCAUGGAUGCUGGCACUGAUGCUAUGGAUGUGCUCAUGGGAAGAGUGAUUCCAGUCAAACUUGGCAUCAUUGGAGUAGUGAAUAGGAGUCAGCUGGAUAUUAACAAUAAGAAGAGUGUGGCUGAUUCCAUUCGUGAUGAGUAUGGGUUUCUUCAAAAGAAAUAUCCUUCCCUCGCCAAUCGAAAUGGAACCAAGUAUCUUGCUAGGACAUUGAACAGAUUGCUGAUGCAUCAUAUCAGGGAUUGCUUGCCAGAACUGAAAACCAGAAUUAAUGUUUUAGCUGCCCAGUACCAGUCUCUACUGAACAGCUAUGGGGAACCUGUUGAAGACAAAAGUGCUACUUUAUUGCAGCUGAUCACCAAAUUUGCCACAGAAUAUUGUAACACUAUUGAAGGAACAGCAAAAUACAUAGAGACUUCAGAGCUAUGUGGUGGAGCCAGAAUCUGUUAUAUCUUUCAUGAGACUUUUGGAAGAACUUUAGAAUCUGUUGACCCUCUGGGUGGCCUUAACACAAUUGACAUUCUGACUGCCAUUAGAAAUGCCACUGGUCCCCGUCCUGCCUUGUUUGUUCCUGAAGUUUCCUUUGAGUUGCUGGUAAAAAGGCAAAUCAAACGUUUGGAAGAACCAAGCUUGCGCUGUGUGGAGCUGGUUCAUGAGGAAAUGCAGAGGAUUAUCCAGCAUUGUAGUAACUACAGUACACAGGAGUUACUGAGGUUUCCUAAACUGCACGAUGCCAUAGUUGAAGUAGUAACCUGUCUUUUGCGUAGGAGACUUCCUGUCACAAAUGAAAUGGUUCAUAAUCUGGUGGCCAUUGAGUUAGCUUAUAUCAAUACCAAACAUCCAGACUUUGCUGAUGCCUGUGGGUUAAUGAAUAACAACAUAGAGGAACAAAGGCGGAACAGGUUAGCCCGGGAAUUGCCUUCUGCUGUGGCACGAGACAAGUCUACUAAAGCCCCAGGUGCACUGGCACCUGCUUCCCAGGAGACUGUUACUGCUGCUUCUGCUGAGGCUGAUGGCAAGACUCCUGCUGUAGGAGAUGCGACUCAGGAGCCUGGAACAGGCACCUGGAGAGGAAUGCUGAAACCCUCCAAAGGAGAAGAGGUAGCAGCAGAUGAAAAAGCCAAGCCAGCUGCAGUGCUACCUGCUAGUCCUCAAAAAGGACAUGCUGUAAAUCUAUUAGAUGUGCCUGUGCCUGUUGCACGCAAACUUUCUGCCCGUGAGCAACGAGAUUGUGAAGUGAUUGAACGACUUAUUAAAUCUUACUUCCUUAUUGUCAGGAAAAACAUUCAGGACAGUGUGCCAAAGGCAGUGAUGCAUUUUCUGGUGAACCACGUGAAGGACACUCUCCAGAGUGAGCUGGUGGGCCAGCUGUACAAAUCCCUGUUGCUGGAUGACCUUCUCACGGAGUCUGAGGACAUGGCACAGCGCAGGAAAGAGGCUGCUGACAUGCUAAAGGCCCUGCAGCGAGCCAGCCAGAUCAUUGCAGAGAUCCGUGAGACACAUCUUUGGUGAAGACUGUAUCAGCCACACUAUUUAUAUGCAUUGGAGGUUACAUUGGCUUGACAAUUGCUAGGCAUGGUAUACGGAGUAGAAUUUUUAUUUAUGAACUCCUCUUAUCUGUGUACUGCAACUGUGUAAAUCUGCUCAUGUAAAGACAGUUGGUUUGAUUUGCAAACAGAAAAAUGCUGUAUUUUGCAAAAGAAGUCGUAUUUAAUCCAUAUAAUAAAUGGCUCUAAAUGUUUCCUUACCAGGUUUCUGGUGCAAAUUAAAGCAGACCAAGUCUUCUGUAUUAGUGACAGUCUCAUUUGAACUUGGGGAAAACGUUCAAGUUCCAGUGCCUGACUUGCUGAACAGGUUGCCUGUGGUUAAGACGGCCGGUGUAGUCUUGUGGCAUAGUUUUAAGCUGCUUUUCCAGUAGAAGUUUCAAUACUGUGAAGAAAAGAGAGCACCGAGUAUUUUCUUUCAUGAAUAUAUUGCAUGCACUGUGACAAAUGGAGGUCUCCAUUUUAUAGCACAGUAGAGAUGUCGAGCGUAUUACUAUGUAUGUGUGUUCCCUUUUUUUUUUUUCUCUUUGUCCCCAAAUGUUUCAAUGGCAGACAAAACUUCAGACUUGAUUUCAUGGAGUAUCAUGUAGGAAGAAUUAGCCUGGAGCUUGCGAACAAGAACAGCCUACCAAAAAGUGGCUGCAGAGUUAUUAAUGUGCACUGGAGCUUGUGUAUGAAUGUUGGGGUUUAUAAUCAGGCACAAGGACACCUUCCCCUUCCUCCCCUCUGGGACCAAGCCCCUGGACCAUCUGUUAGUAAAUUUGCUCUGGCAGAACUGAAAAAUAAAACUGGAUUUCAAAACUGUAAUGGGAUAAUAAGCGUUUCUUUUAAAAACAGAUGAAGUUGGCCAGGGAGAAGGGGAUGCCCACAACUUCUGCAAAUAUUGGAAUGUAUGACAGUAUGAAAGAAAGUCUGUGGAAUUGGAAUAUUUAUAUCAGAGAUUACAGUUGCUUUUGAGGAAAUUUUAUUGUGCUGUAAGUAGCUUUUUUUUUUUGAGGACAAUCGUAAAAUUAUAAAAUUUUAGGUUGGAAAUUAAGUUGAUGAGGUUUCUUUUUUUCUUCUGAUUAUAAUUCAUACAGAUAAAUAUUGAUCACACUAGCCUUGACAAAAUAAACAUUUUAAUUUUUAUGAAUAAAAAUUUAUUUAAACUCCA